AUGGCCGCCAUUUUGGGGAGUGAGAUAGAGAAACGGUCAGAUAAAACACUUCAUUUCUUAUGUUCACCCUGUAAACGUAAGGAAAUAAAUAAAGAAGCGGACAAAUAUUGUGCUGACUGCCAUGAUUAUUAUUGUUCGGAUUGUCUAAACGUUCACGAUGAAUUUCCAGCCUUGUCUGGACAUAAGAUUCUAGAUAAAGGUCAAGUCAAAGAUGAAAAGAGCGGAACAUUGCCUGUAACACCAACACAAAGAUGCGAGAGACACGGGUUUAAACCUGUUGACAUGUAUUGUCAAAGUCACGAUAACGUUGGUUGUGCUACAUGUAUGGCAGUAGAUCACAG